UCACAGUCAUGUCCCUAGCGCUCAGGAAGAGGCAGCCAUACAAUCUUCCUACCAAUAGGACUCACAGGAGGCGCAUGCUGAUUGGCUGUCGCUCUCUAUGUGGGGACCGUCAGAAUUCGAAGCAGCUGGGUGUCGGUAUCAUCUGCUGGGACUGUUAUCAUCCGACAGGGCUUCUUUUUUGUGGGACAACAGAACUCUACAGGUGUUGAUGCAUUGUCUCAACUGACUCCAUAGGAUCAGAAGGCUUUGGUUCAUUACAGGGUAGAACCCUAUUUUCUGCAGCGGAGUACACUGUGUUCUACAGGGAAUACAUUGGGGUGUCGAGAUGGAUCUUGAUCAAGGCACGAACAGGUUUAAACCUUAGCUGUUCCAGGAUGCAUUGGGGCCUCCUCUAUAACCCCGCCUCCAGGCACUGUGAGGAGCAUAAGGAAUUCUAAGGAUGGGAGAUGGUGACUCAAACCUAUAUGUGAGGAUCAACAGCAACAAAUAUAUAUUAAGGUCUGAGCUAUUGUCUCUUCUGAGAACAUACAACUGCUAUCACGAAGGGACAAGCUUCCAGCUACGACAUCAUGAGGUGAGACAAUGCAAAUGCACGGGAAAGGAUGAUGGAGAGCUGGUGGUACAGGGACUUCUGAACAUAUCUUGGGGUCUGCGGCGCCCGAUCAGGCUACAGAUGCAUGACGUAAAUGAACGCAUAUGUUUCAGCUCUUCUGCGUCCUGGAUCAAAGACUCACAAGAUCAAUACAGUCCAGCAUUACCUAAUGAAGAGCAGCAGAGUAACGAAGAAGAGCAAAACAACAAUUCUGGCAGAAUUCCCAGUGAAGAGGAAACCAUGCCACAGUUAAAGCGAACCAGAAGCGAUGCCAGCUUUGUCCAGAGACGAUCGAAGCAUUACAGCCCUGGAGAGGUUCAGAGAUUAAGAAGUCACAGAUUCUCCAUAAAUGGUCACUUUUAUAACCAUAAGACUUCUGUGUUUACUCCAGCGUACGGCUCUGUGACAAAUGUACGUGUCACCAGUACCAUGAACACAUCCCAAGUAUUAAGCCUGCUGCUGAGGAAAUUCAGGGUCGAAAAUGGCCCAUCGGAGUUUGGACUAUAUCUGCUUCAUGAGACAGGAGAAAGAACCAAGUUAGGGGACUCAGAGUAUCCACUUAUCUGCAGGAUACUGCAUAGCCCCUGUGAGAGGAUCGCCAGGUUAUUUUUAAUGGAAACUGAUCUUGGAGAGGAGGUCUCACAUGAUGUUGCCCAGUACAUAAAGUUUGAGAUGCCUGUGCUGGAUAGCUUUAUAGAAAAACUGAAGGAAGAAGAAGAGAGAGAAAUUUACAAAGUGACUCAAAGGUACAAUGCCCUUCGUCUGAUGCUGCUGGAGAGACUGCAACAACUGACUGAUAAUGAAAGUUUUGCUUGAACAAAACACUACAGCCCAGAAUGUACAGUGAUCUGAGAGUGACAAGUAUCUCCAAACUCACUCACCAUGGACCUUACACUUCUUCUAUGUGACAUCAUGUGACCUUUUAUGUUCAUUUUGUUGGGCUAUCUAUGCAGCCUGAGCCUUACUUCCUCCAAUGACCUCGUUGCUACCACCAUACAUGAAAUAGUAAAGUUUUAGGGUGAUAUAUCAUCUUGAUACUUUGACAUUUAGACAUGUUAAAGAUCAAGUGAAUGAAUCAUGGAGCAAAAUAAUAUACCUGAAAUAAGUUUUAUUUUAUUAAAGUUCUCCAACUAAACCUAAAGGAGCAACCCAGCUCCUCUCAACUUGCUGAGCCAUGGUAGCCUAUGUCCGUGACCCCUGCAGCUACAGAGGUACCUGUAACAAUCCCAUCUCUGGGGCUUGGCACCCUGUAGAGGUUUACAUUAGUAUGCUGCUAAUUGGAUAGCUACAUGGAACUCCAGGGUUCUGCCAUGUAGGAUUGAGGUUUUUUCGUGAAAUCAAAAGGUGGAGAUGUAUCAAAACUUGGAGAGAUAAAGUAGAAAGAGUUUAAUUGCCAACCAAUUAACUUCUGUCAUUUUACAUGCUGUGUUUGAAAAAUGACAUUGAGGAACUGAUUGCUUGGUAUUUUAUCUCUCUCUACUUUCUCUGUCUACAAGCUUUGAUAAAUCUACCCCAACAUUAGCUGGAAUUCUUUAAUAAAAACUCUCCUGUAUUUGCUGUAAGCAAACAUAGUCAAAUGAGUGUAUUGAAUGAGGACCUGACAAGCCUAUACAUAGACAAGAGGUAUCCCAUUAACACCCCUAAACGGUAGACCGAUAAAUAAUGGUAGUGUAUGUAUUGGGCUCUCAUCCAGUGUGAGCCAAACCUCUGGGGUGAAAACAGGUUCUGGAUGGAAGUGUGUGAUUCACACAGUAAUAAAUGUGCAUAUAGUAAAAGAAAUCCUAUAUAAUAGGUUCACACUGCUCCUCACCUCUAUGGGGGAAAUUCAAGUGGCGCCCAAUGGAACAAUUUAAGUGUUGUUUUAUUUGGUGGAGCACAGCCGCCGGGGAUAACAUUACUGUUAUGUUGUUCCACCAUUUUGACGGUCUGGUAAAUAGUAAUUUAAGAAUGCACAGCCAAUGCGGUACUAAUGCUACUUCAUAACAGUAUAAAAGACAAUAUAUACAAUAUCAUACCUCCCAACUUUUGUCCUCAUCGACACGGGACCUCUGCGCAUCGUAGCCGCGUGCGACCCAAAAAGGGGGGUGGCCUCGCAUGUGAGGGGGCAUGGCAUCAACCGCCUGGUCGUGGCCUCACACCACGGACUCGUUUUCUGCAUUUAGGGGACGUGCCCAGCACUCCCGGAGCAGCUGGGCAGCUGCCAACACACUUCCCCUCAUUGAAUAGAUGCUGUGCGCGUGCGCACGGCAUCUAUUCAGAGAUCACUCGCUGCUUUGCUUAGCAGAGCAGCGGGUGAUCAAAGGCUCCCCCAACUUACCCCCCGCCCGCGGAACACUGCUGCCCACGGGAGGGACAGCGGGACAGUGUCCAAAUAGUGGGACUGUCCCGCUAGAAUCGGGACAGUUCGGAGAUAUGCAAUAGCAAUUAAAAAUCAGUGGAGUGGCUCAUUUGGCUCCUUCUCCAUUAUUCCAGUACAAUCCCCUCUACUGAUUUGUAACCAAUAUUGUAUAUACAGUACAUUGUCUUACUGUUAUGAACUGUAAUUAGUACUGCAUUGACUGUGCAUUAUUAAAUUAUUCCUUUUAUGCUAAUUUAUUACUGUGUGAAUCCCACACUCCCAUACAGAACCUAUUUUCACCCCAGCGGUUUGUCUCACAUUGGAUAAGCGCCCAAUACAUAUACUACUAUUAUUAAUCAGACAUAUUCAACUGUCUACAUUGGAGGAUUGAACUUAUCUACCAUGUGUCAGUCUGGACCUGUGCUUUUGGGGAAAAUCUAUUCUGCAACUUUACUAACAAUUAUUUUAUAUACACUGCAUAGCUAUAUUUAGGAGUGAAGAGCCUAGAUCUGGAAAACUCCCUCUGAAAGUUAGGCCCCUGAGUAAAAUUUAUGCUGUGCACAGAGCGGGCCAGAAACAAAGAUUAGUGUUUUUAUGUAAUAUUUUAUACACCUCAAAUCAGGGGCGUCUCUAGAAAAGAGGGGACCCGUGUGCAGACUCCGUGUGUGGGCCCCCUCCUCUCCUGUAGCUGUAACCACCACUGCUAGCGGUCUGAGCGCUGUAGACUCUGGCACCGCACCAUUUUUCGGAGUCCUGCACAUGCGCUGUAGACUCUGGCACUGUGCCAGAGUCUCGAGUGGUCAGUGCGCUAGCAGCGGCGCGACGGCUACGGGAGAGGAGGGGGCCCAUACACGGUCAGCAAUGGACUCCGGAAAGGUAAGUAUAGGAGAAACACCUAUGCCUCAAAUGAGCCGCCUGCUAUGCACACAUUAGCCCAACACUACUGACCCCACAAAAUACUAGUGCCCCACCGAGCGACUGCCACAGUAUAUUAGUCAGCCCUCCCCCACACUGUAUAGCAACCAGUGCAGUAGUGAGCUCCUCUUCCCAAAGUAUAGCAGCCACUGGGCCUAAUUUAGACUGGAUCGCUGCAGCGAUUGCAGUCUGAAGCCCUUCGGGGGGUGCUCCCACGCACUCCGUGAAGCCCAAUGAGAUGCGAUCACCUCUGCCUGAGUGACAGGCAGAGGCAGUCGCGGGGCGGAAGGGGGUGUGCCAGCAGCGUUAUAAUGCCAUUGGUGGGGUGCGGCCCGGACAAUGCAGGCGUGUCUGGACCAUUGCAGGGGCGGGCCGCUGCAGCUGCAUGACGUCACACACAGCCACUGCGACCCGGGACUCAGUGGGUAGCCACCUGCCAGCGCAGGCAGGGGGCUUCUCGGCGGGUGCAAAAGCUAAAUUUAGCACAUCUACGAUGAGAUCUGAAUUACCCCCACAGUUCCUCGUCUCCCCCAAUAGGUCAGGCAGGGAGGUUCCUUUCCUCAUAGUAUAACAGUCAGGAUCACUCCUCCCCAUAGUAUACAAGGCAGUGCCCCAUUUACCUAUUGUACAAUGUAACAGUCUACAUCACCUUCCAUUUACACAAUAGUAGCCUUGGUUCUUAAUCUAUCUACUUUAUCGUAGCCAGUAUCAUGCUCAAUCACGGUACAUCCAGUGUAUUAUUGGUGCAGGGAUAUCGGCUUUCAUAUAAUUAGCAGCAAUUCAUAGUGAUUCCUUAUACUCCAUUGUCCCACCCUAACCGGAAUCAGUAUGAUUUACCAGUGGGCGGGAUGCCGGUUGUCCAUAUUCCAAUAGCGGCAUCCCGCCAGACUGCCAGCAGCAGGGCAACCACAAAGAGUCCCCUUGCGGGCUCAGUGGCUCGCCACAGGUCCUAUUCCCACUCUAUGGGUGUCAUGGAAUAGUCCUGUUUUGCCAGGAUUCAGGCUGGCGGCAUUGCAUCGGUAUCCUGACACCUGACAAAUUGAACGGAUCCCCCCUAAACAGUGUCAGUGGGUAAAAAGACUAAACUUGAUCCUGUGAAACGCCAGAUGAUGACUAGUGAGCAUAGUGUAAGCAGCAGCUAUAAGCUCCAACCAUUUACACAUCAGCACCAGUGUAUCAUUUUGCCUCCAUGACACUCAACUGUCACUAGCGCACUUUUUUUUUUUUUUUUUCUAACAAAGAACCUGGCAUAGCCCAUAUGGCAACAUCUGUUUAUGUCACAAUAGCAAUAAUCUACAUGCUGCUACUUAAUACUGUCUUUAAAAAUAGUUUUUCUGCUUUUGAUUAAAAAAAGAUAUUCAGGGAGAUUUGUUUGUGAGUAAUGUUAGUGUGUAUUUUGAUGUAAAUUGUAACUCAUAUUAUGAAUGUAUUUUUUAUUUUUCAAAUAUCCGAACCACAGCCUCUGGAAAUAACAAUGUGACCCCUGCUGAACGAUUUAUCACAUUCACAUUGUCACAAUGAAUGUAUUUUUUUUUGUUAUUUAAUAAUAUGCUGAAUAAAAAUUAAUUUAA